CAGAGAGCUACGUAGUGCGCUUUUUUCCUCUCUUUCUCAGGCGAAAGUCGAGCCGUUUUCGACCAAGGGGACGGGGUAACCUGCGGCUCAGUAACGUCACUGAAGCGCCCACCUGGUUAACGUGACGACAUUAGACCUGCGCCGGAAGGGUGAUACGCGAGGGCAAGCGCGCGGCAGGGGCCGGUCACGAUGGCGAGGCUGGAGGCGCUGCGCGGCGGGUGCCGCCUUCUCUCGCUCCUGCUCCGCCCAGCGGCAGGGCCGAGGGCCGUGGUUGCUCACCGGAGCCUCUCUCCGCUGCUGCCCAACCUGAGCUGGGCUUCCAGGAACAGCUACAGCUACAGCACGCAGGCCAGCCAGAGCGACGAGGAGACGCCACCACUGCACAGGCUGGCCAGCAACCCUGAGCGUGUCCCAGGUUCUGCUUCCAGGCACGAAUUUCAAGCAGAGACCAAGGAGCUGCUGGAUAUUGUGGCCCGUUCCCUCUACUCGGAGAAGGAGGUGUUUAUCCGAGAGUUGAUCUCCAAUGGCAGCGAUGCUUUAGAAAAACUGCGCCACAAGCUGAUGUCUGAAGGGAAGUUCCUGCCAGAACUGGAAAUCCAUAUUGAGACAGAUGCCAAAAAAGGAACCGUCACCAUCCAGGACACAGGCAUCGGGAUGAGCCAAGAGGAGCUUCUCUCUAAUCUUGGAACCAUUGCUAGAUCCGGCUCCAAGGCCUUCUUGGAUGUGCUGCGGAACCGGGUGGAAGCCGGCAGUAACAUCAUUGGCCAGUUUGGAGUGGGCUUCUAUUCGGUCUUCAUGGUGGCAGAUCAGGUGGAUGUGUUCUCACAGUCAGCACAGCCAGGCAGCCCCGGCUACUGUUGGCAUUCGGAUGGUUCAGGGAUAUUUGAGAUUUCAGAAGCCUCUGGAGUUCAAACUGGGACAAAAAUAAUUCUUCAUCUGAAGGAAGACUGCAAGGAGUUUGCCAGUGAAGGGCGAGUCAAAGAGGUCAUCACAAAAUACAGCAACUUCAUCAGCUUUCCCCUCUUUCUCAAUGGGCAACGUGUCAACACCAUGCAGGCUCUCUGGGUGAUGGAUCCCAAGGAUGUUGGAGACUGGCAGCACAAGGAGUUCUACCGCUUCAUUGCUCAGGCCCACGAUGAGCCUCGCUACGUCCUGCACUACAAGACGGAUGCACCCCUCAACAUCCGCAGCAUCUUCUACAUCCCAGAGAUGAAGCCCUCUAUGUUUGACGUCAGCCGGGAGCUGGGCUCCAGUGUCGCCCUCUACAGUCGCAAGGUCUUGAUCCUGACCAAAGCCGCAGACAUCUUGCCAAAGUGGCUCCGCUUCCUGAAAGGGGUCGUAGACAGUGAAGAUCUCCCUCUGAACCUCAGCCGGGAGUUGCUGCAAGAGAGUGCUCUCAUCAGGAAGCUCAGGGAAGUCUUGCAGCAGAGGCUGAUCAAGUUCUUCAUUGACCAGAGCAAGAGGGAUCCUGUGAAAUAUGCCAAGUUCUUCGAGGAUUAUGGGCUGUUCAUGCGUGAGGGGAUCGUCACGAUUUCAGAGCAGGAGGUCAAGGAAGACAUAGCUAAGCUGUUACGAUACGAGUCGUCGGCAUUGCCUGGAGGCCAGCUGACCAGCCUCCCGGAAUACGCCAGCCGCAUGCAAGCUGGCAGCAGAAAUAUCUACUACCUCUGUGCUCCUAAUCGACAUCUAGCUGAGCACUCUCCGUACUACGAAGCCAUGAAGAAAAAGGAUGCUGAGGUGCUGUUCUGCUAUGAGCAGUUUGAUGAACUGACUCUCCUGCACCUCCGGGAGUUUGACAAGAAGAAGCUGAUGUCAGUGGAGACGGACAUUGUUGUGGACCACUAUAAGGAGGAGAAGUUUGAGGAGAGCCGUUCAGUUGAGGAGUGCCUGAGCUCCCAGGAUUCAGAGGACCUCCUGGCCUGGAUGAGGAAUGCUCUUGGACCGCGAGUUGCCACUAUCAAGGUGACCCCACGCCUUGAAAUGCACCCAGCCAUGAUUACUGUGCUGGAGAUGGGUGCCGCCCGCCACUUCCUUCGCAUGCAGCAGCUGGCCAAAACCAGUGAGGAGCGGGCCCAGAUCCUUCAACCCACACUGGAGAUAAAUACAGGGCACACUCUGAUCAAGAAACUCAGCCGGCUCCGAGCCAGCCAGCCGGCCCUGGCCCAAAUGCUGCUUGACCAGAUUUACGACAACGCUAUGAUCGCAGCAGGUCUGAAUGAUGACCCCAGGCCAAUGGUGAACCGGCUGAAUGAGCUCCUUGCCAAAGCUCUGGAGAAGCACUGAGAGCCAAGCCCUGAGCAGCACUCUGGCAGCCCCAUCCAUCUUCAAAGGGGACGGGGGUCUGCCUGUGUAGCUGACCGGCGUCCGUUCCCCACUUCUCAGCCAAACUGGCCUGUGGUCCCAAAUCUGGCUCGUGGCCUGUUGAAAAGGGCAGAUGGGCCAGAGUUGAGCCAUGUGGAACAGUCUUACUUGAUUUCAAAAUCCUGUGUGUGUGGCUGGACCUCUCUGGGUGCUUCUGCUAUGUGACUCACCAGUUGUCAGGGCAGCUGGGCAGGCCUUUCUGGACUCCUCUGUGGACUGCGUGCAUUGGCAGCCCUCCAAUGCUUACAGCCACUCUCUACCUUAAGUAAAGUCCUUUCUUCAGUUGUAA